AUGAUUGAUCAAAUUGAAGCGGUAACCACCUCAAUCGCCGAUCUGGCGUGGGGCCCCUGGCUGCUGGUUUUGCUUCUGGGUGGCGGUCUGGUUUUUCUGAUCCGGUCCCGAUUUGUCCCGUUUCGCUAUCUGCCACAUGCCAUCGAUCUGCUGCGCGGUAAGUACAACGAUCCCCACGAUCCUGGUCAGAUCAGUCACUUCAAAGCGCUGUCAGCCGCCAUGGCCGGUACCAUCGGCAUGGGUAAUAUUGCCGGCGUCGCUCUGGCCAUCGCCAUCGGCGGACCCGGGGCGAUUUUCUGGAUGUGGAUGACCGCCAUCGUUGGCAUGGCGACUAAGUUUUUCACCUGCUCCCUCGCCGUUAUGUAUCGCGGCAAAGACUCCGCAGGCGAUCUGCAGGGUGGUCCUAUGUAUGUGAUCCGGGAGGCAUUGCCAAAACGCAUGCAUUUUCUAGCCUAUCUGUUUGCAGGCACGGGCCUGAUUGGCUGUCUGCCGGCACUACAAAGCAACCAGUUGAUCCAGAUUUUCCGCGAUCUGGUGGCCAUUGAAUACGGCUUGCUGUCACCGGAGACAGACCCCCUGAUGUUCAAUUUAGCCGCCGGUGUGGUACUGGCUGCCCUGACGGCAAGCGUGGUAUUUGGCGGGAUACAAAGAAUCUCAAACGUUGCCGCAGCAAUGGUGCCUUCAAUGUCAGUGCUCUACGUAGGUAGCGCUGCCCUGGCUCUGAUUCUGAACGCAGAUGCUGUACCAGGCGCCAUAGCCUUGAUCAUGGCAGAUGCAUUUACCGGCGAUGCCGUGGCCGGCGGCGGGCUCCUGGCGAUGAUCCUUUACGGCAUUCGUCGUGGCGCCUACAGCAACGAAGCGGGUAUGGGCACAGAAUCCCUUGCCCAUGGAGCCGCGCGGACAAAGGAGCCUAUCCGUGAAGGCCUGGUGGCUAUGUUAGGACCGGUCCUGGAUACCCUCAUUAUCUGUACGGCCACCGCAAUGAUGAUUCUGAUCUCUGGCGUUUGGACCAGCAGUGAUGCUGAAGGUGUCACCCUUACCGCUGCCGCGUUUACUCAAUUACUUGGCCCGGCGGGCACCUUGAUUGUAUUUAUCUGUGUCAUCUGCUUCGCCACCACCACUAUUUUCACCUACUCGUUCUAUGGCGCUCAGUGCACAGGUUUUUUGUUUGGCGCGCACAACAAACGCUACUAUCUUUACGUAUACGUUGGGUUUAUUUUGGUCGCCUCAGUUAUUUCCAUAAACGCCGCAGUGAGUAUCAUAGACACGAGCUUUGCGUUGAUGGCCAUCCCGACGAUGGUGCCGGCCAAUGCUUUUGAUGAACUUGCCCGGGGCGCCACACCCGGACACUGGCGGGACGUCAUGUCUUUUUUUACCAGUUCCGAUGGUCUCGGUGGCACUCCGCAACCUGAGCAUCUGCGCGCCGAGAUGCUGGUCCGCGACCUGGAUGUGAAACGCCCUACAAGGCUCGAUCCCCUGCCGUUUACUCUGCCAACACAUGAAUGGCGCAAGCUUGAACUGGGACUUACCCAGAGAGCCAGACUCCUCAACAGAAUUACAGCCGACUUAUACGGCCCUAAAACCCUGUUGAACGUGGGUGGUCUACCCCCUGCGCUGUUGUUUGGUAAUCCACGUUUUCUGUUACCCAUGUACAACUACCGCGCUGCAAACGCUGAAUACCUGCAGCUGCUGGCAUUUGACAUCGGCCGUUCACCAGACGGUCAGUGGCGCGUGUUGGCAGACUGGACAGAAGCGCCAGAGGGUCUGGGCAUGUGUCUCGAAAACCGCGUGUUGGCCGGCCAGGCAAUGCCCGAGUUGUUUCAGCAGAUGGGCACCCAGCGUCUGGCUGCGUUCUAUCGCGCGUUCGCUCAACAUCUCACUGACAGGGCGGCACAAACAACGCCUGAGGGCAUCACCGCCAUCCUGAGCCCAGGACCGGAUCACUCAAAUUAUUUUGAACAUGCUUAUCUGGGCCAGUAUUUUGGUUUCCCGGUGGUGGAAGGUGCUGACCUCACUGCCAGUGGCUGCGACCAGCUGUUCCUGGACCCACGCAGUAAAGAUGGUGUCGCAGGGCUUGCCAACAUCGCGCGCAGCGGCCAGGUCCACAUCGCCAACGCGUUGGGUUCCGGCGUCCUUGAAAAUGAUGCGUUUAUGAGCUUUCUGCCAAGCUUAUGUGAAUCCUUGUUAGACGAAGAGUUACUGCUGCCAAGCCUGGCGACCUGGUGGUGUGGCCAACCUGAAGAAGCCGCUUACGUCGCCGAAAAUGCCAGCCAACUGCACAUUGGCUCAGCUUUCAGACGCCCGGAACUGUUUGCCAGCACCAUUGAAAGUUAUCAGGAUCCGAACCUGCAGACCACUGACACCGAAGCCAACACCGCAGCUUACAACCAGAUUGGACGUGAACUGAUCAACUUGUCUCACAGCCCUUAUGUCAACAACGAAGGGCAGAUUGUUUCCGGCCCAACGGUGUUGCGACUGUUUGUCUGUAUGACUGAAGAAGGCUAUCGACUGAUGCCCGGUGGCAUCGCUCGCGUUGCCAGCGCUGAUGGAGAAAUCAGCAAAGACAUCUGGCUCGGUCGCGAUCAGGUGGAACCCAUCAACACACCAGAGAUCCAACCCACCCAUCUGACCAGGCGCAGCGACCGGGAUCUGCCCAGUCGCACUGCCGACGAUUUAUUCUGGCUGGGUCGCUAUCUGGAGCGUUGCGAAGGCGCAGUACGCGCCUACCGUUCCUUAUUCAGCCAUGUGGUUGAAGGCAGCAGCGACGAUCAGCAGAUGUUGCUGAACACCGCGGUGCAACUGCUGGUGGAUCUGGACAUGCUCACCCUGGCACAGGCAAAACAGCUUACCCAGGUCAGCUCAACAACUGUUAUUGCUCGCGAAUGGUGGUCGGUGCUGUUUAAUCCGGAAAGUAAUGUGGGCCUGUUUAAGCUGCUCAACAACAUUCACCGUCUCGCCAGCCAGGUUCGCGAGCGUUUAUCUGGCGACGCCUGGCGGAUGUUUCGCGCGCUGGCACAGACACCUGCACAGCAGCGCUGGCGCCUGGGACAGGUAUCAGAUGCGCUGGCAUUAAUGGACCAGCUGAUUGAGCGCCUGUCCGGUUUAAGCGGACAGAUACAGGAAAAUAUGACCCGCAGUUACGGUUGGCGUCUGCUUGAACUUGGGCGCCGCCUGGAGCGCGGUCAGUUUGGCUUGCGGGUGAUGAACGAACUGGUGUCGCACAGUACUGGCAGCACCUAUAUGUACCUGCUGCUGGACCUUUGCGACAGCACAAUUACCUACCGAUCCAGAUACCAGAAUGUGCCAACGUUGGAAAAUCUGUUACAUCUGCUGUUACUCGACGAAACCAAUCCGCGUUCAAUGAUCUAUCAGAUUACCCAGCUGCAGGAAGUGAUGGCGGAAAUGCCUCUUGACCAGUCAAAUGAGGGCCUCAGCGAAUCCCAGCGUAUUCUGCUCAUUGCUUAUCAUGAACUUGUACUGGCGGAACCUGAAAAGAUGGCCAAUGUCAUCUCUAAGGUUCUACGCCUGAAACCCAGAGAAAUGUUCGGCCGCCAGACAUUGCUGGAGCACCACAUCAAUCUAUCGCUGGUGGGUACUGAAAUUCAGGAAAUCCAGGAUUAUUUUGGCAAUACCGUGCAUGAAGUGCGCCUGCACACACCACACAAGAAGCUUCGUAUCGACUCCGAGUGUCUGGUGGAUGUCAUCCCUCGGGGUGAUUUUAUGCUGGAUCUCUCCCCGACAUGGGAAUCUGUGGUAGACGCCAUGAAGGUGCCGCAGAGCAGCGAACACUGGCAGGCAGCACAAUUCUGCUAUCCAUCGCGGCAUAUUGAUGUAGACGCUGCACGCGAGUUUGCUCAACAGUUCAUCGAACCCGAAGCACCUGUGCUGCGACUGGUACUGGCCAUCAAUCAGUACAUCCACAACGAAUUUGCCUAUACCGGCGGCGUGACUAAUGUGUAUACCGAGGUUUCUGAGAUCAUCGCCAAACGAAUUGGUGUGUGUCAGGACUUCGCCCACGUGGCGAUUGCCACCAUCCGUGCACUGGGUUUACCUGCGAGAUACGUCAGCGGCUACAUUCUCAGUCAGAUCCCCGGCCAGCCAACCCUGGUCGGCGCGGAAGCCUCACACGCAUGGAUUUCCGUUUUCUGCCCUAAAUUUGGCUGGAUCGAUUUUGAUCCGACCAACGACCUGAUAACGUCUGAACAACACAUCACUCUGGGCUGGGGGCGGGACUACGCCGAUGUCGCGCCUACCCGCGGAUCGAUUCUCGGCGGCGGUGCCCAGGCCUUGAAAGUUGACGUGCGCGUGAUGGAUUACAGUCCAUUGGAUAGCAAGCAGCAACAAGCCAAACCAGCUACACAGCACACACAAUCUGCACAGCGCCUUGUUGAGCAAACACUACCGUUCAGCGACCGGCGUUCUUUUGAUAAUGCACAGCGCGGAUUUAUUGCCACGCUUGAACCUUUGACCAUCACCAGAGACAACGGGCACGUCACUUACGAUUUAAGCGAGAUGGAUUUUCUGCAGGGUGAAGCGCCUGCGACGGUCAAUCCAAGCCUCUGGCGCCAGGCACAACUCAACGCCCUUUACAACGGCUUGUAUGAGGUGACCGACGGCGUCUACCAGGUACGUUCCUUUGAUAUCGCAAAUAUGACCCUGAUCAGAGGCGAAAAAGGCUGGGUCAUCAUCGAUCCACUGACUUCUUCCGAGUCUUCUGCUGCCGCGCUGGCACUGGCGAAUCAGCAUCUUGGCGAGCGCCCGGUAAGUGCGGUGUUAAUCACUCACAGCCACGCUGAUCACUUUGCCGGCAUUCUUGGUGUUGUCAGCGCCGAAGAUGUCGCUUCCGGCAAGGUGCCGCUGGUCGCACCGCAACACUUUGUGCAGGAAGCGUUAAGUGAAAACGUGCUGGCGGGUAACGUAAUGGGACGUCGUGCGACGUACAUGUACGGUAACCUGCUGAAACCAGGACCCCAGGCAUUUGUAUCAACGGGACUGGGGGCCGCACUGUCAAUGGGAUCAACCGGUUUCAUAGUGCCUUCAGACUACGUCUGCCAGACAGGAGAAACACGAACUCUGGAUGGCAUCGAAUUUGAGUUCCAGAUGACGCCAGGCACAGAAGCACCGGCAGAGUUUGUUUUCUAUCUGCCACAAUUCAAAGCGCUGUGUAUGGCCGAGAUCACCUCACACCACCUGCACAAUGUAUAUACCCUGCGUGGCGCACAGGUGCGCGACGCUCUGGCCUGGUCGGCCCAGAUCCGCGAAAGCAUUGCCUUAUUUGGUGAUCGACUCGAGAUUCAGUUUGCCUGCCAUCACUGGCCCAUCUGGGGACGGGAUGAGGCCGUUGAAUACCUGCAGAAACAAAGUGACCUGUAUAAAUACAUCCACGAUCAGACGUUGCGACUGGCCAAUCAGGGUUAUACCAAAGAAGAAAUAGCGGAACGCAUCAGCCUGCCGGAUGUGCUUGGCCAUGAGUUCUACAACCGUGGCUACUACGGCAGCCUGCACCACAACGUGCGCGCGGUGUAUGUUAAAUACCUUGGCUUUUUCAAUGGCAACCCGGCAACCCUGCAUACCCUGCCCCCGAGCGAAGCAGCAACUCGAUAUGUAGAUGCCAUGGGUGGCGCCAAUCGUGUGGUCGUGCUGGCACAGGCUGCGUUCGACGAAGGUGACUAUCGGUGGGUCGGCGAGCUUCUUAAUCAUGUGAUGAUGACCGACCCCGGACAUACUGAUGCACGCGCCUUACUGGCAGACGCGCUGGAACAAAUGGGCUAUCAGGCAGAAUCUGCAGUCUGGCGUAACUUCUAUUUAUGUGGCGCUCUGGAACUGCGUGAAGGCCUGCCCAAAGGCUCCAACUUCAACGCCAGUGAAGGCAUGGCCCGCGGCAUGCCGUUAGCAAACCUGUUUCAGGUGAUGGCAGUCAGGUUAUUGCCCGAUGCAGCCGAAGGUCUCGACCUGGCUUUGAAUCUGCACAUGACAGAUAUUGAUGAGCACUGGCUGAUGACCAUCAGGCACAGAUAA